UCGUCGGUAAGAGGACAAUGUAGUGAGGCCGGUAUCAUUCUCAAUGGUACAACAGGAAGUUUCGCUAGCCCUAACUACCCAUCAAACUAUCCAAACAGAAAGACUUGCAGGUGGAUUAUAGAAGUUCCCCAAGAGCAUGUUGUGCAUCUGAGUUUUAAUGUGUUUGUAAUGGAAAAGUGCGCAAUCCCUUCACCGACCUGCAGCUGUGAUCAUGUGGAGAUACGAGAUGGACCAAAUGUCAAUUCUCCGAAAUUAGCGAAAUAUUGCGGAGACGAAAAUCCCGGUGCAAUUAUGUCAUCUGGAAGAUUCAUGUGGGUUGAGUUCGAUUCAGACUUCUUUAGUAACGCACAAGGUUUCUUGGCAACGUACAUAGCAGUGGGUAUGUGAGAUUCAAGUUUCUCCUUAAUUCAAACCGUUGCAUAAUCAUUUAGAAUAGCUGGUUCAUUGUUUGUAUACGUUGCCUUUAAAAUCAAACGCACAUGAAAAUAAGCAUUUAGUAAGUUUUAUCUUUGGAAAAAGUGAAGUAGCGUAUGAAGAAUUAAAAAAAAUCGCUCGCUAUUAUUUUAUAGGGAUUAAAACAUGGACGCGCGUAGAUAUGGAAUUUCUCUUCGAGUUUUCAACUCGAUGGCUCACGAGUGAGAUAUGCAGUUUUUCCCUCUUUUUGUUUCCUUUCAGAUGCAAGUGAAUGCCCCAGGGGUAAAAUAUUAAGUGGAACAAAUGGCAGCUUAACCACUCCACGUUUUCCCGUACGUUACCCAAACAGUGUCAAGUGCACCUGGAUAAUACAGGUUCCUGAAGGCUUCCAGGUGCGGCUGCGAUUUGAUUCAUUUCGACUGGAGACGUGUACUCUCCCUUCUGUGUGCUCGUGUGACCAUGUCAGAGUGAGAGAUGGUCGAGAUGAAAGCUCACAGUCUUUAGCGAAGCUUUGUGGAGACCACUCACCAACCAUACUGCGAUCGUCAGGUCAAACACUAUGGGUGGAGUUUGAAAGUGACUCUUUAACAGGAGGGCAAGGAUUUUCUGCCACCUUCAAAGCUGUUCGUAAGUAUACUAUGUUGACGUACGCUAAAAGUUAUCUAACUUUAAAAUAAUGUAAUACGUAGUGAGAUGUAUCGGGGCAAUGGGAAAAGGUCGCAAACAAUUGUAAUAAGGAAAUUGUAAUCGCACGGGGAAAGAUAAAAAUACUACAGCUGGUGGCCAUAAGGAAACGAUAUAAAGAUAAUAGUGAACUUCCAAACGUUUCUUAAGAUAAAAAAGGUUCGCGCAAUAAAUUUUCUUAAAAAUUCCUGCCGGUAAAGUUUCAACUUGUCUAUCCCAAAGUGAUGAGAACUUUUAGAAUAGAUAAACCAGGCCAACUCCUUUCCAGGUAAUUUAGUGUUAAAAACUGAGUUGAAAACGUAAAUUGGCCACCGUAAAGAGUUAAAAGGCUGACGUUUCGAGCGUUAGCCCUUCGUCAGAGCGAUUGCAAAGGGCUAACGCUCUGAUUGCGAACAGCUAACGCUCUGAGGAGGGGUAACGCUCGAAACGUCAGCCUUUUAACUCUUUACGGUGGCCAAUUUACGUUUUCAGCUCAGUUGUUAACACUAAAUUACCUGCCAUACUCUCCUACCGACGCAGAUACCCCCUUUUGUCAGCUCCUUUCCAGCCUGACUGGAUGUAACAUUACUCAAAAUUGGAGCAACUUUACAUCAGUGUCAGUUACUUUCUAUUUACUUCACAUUUACAGGGAUUAUGGGAUUAUAAGAAUCUUACAUGCUGGCCAAUUUAUGGAAGAAAAAUCUCCUAACCAAUCAUUCCCGAACAAUGCUAGAAAUGAAAUGAUUAAGCUGCAAUUAUUCCUUAAAGGUACCACAGCAGUUAAGAUAGGAUCUGUAAAUUUACUCCUCCUACGUAAAAUUAGAGCGAAGAAAAAAAGAAAAAGAAUGAAUGGUGUGAAGUGUUUCACCAACAGUGAUACUUUUUCAUUCGACCCGGCAUUGCAUUUGUGCUGAUUUCAGCUGAGAGUGACUGCCCAAGAGACGGUUAUAUACUGAGAGGUACAAAUGGUAGCAUCUCAAGUCCAGAAUAUCCUCUAAGCUAUCCAGACAGUGUGAAGUGUACAUGGAUAAUAGAGGUUCCUGAAGGCUAUCGCGUACGACUUGAAUUUCAAUCUUUUCAACUGGAGACUUGCACAAUCCCUUCUGUGUGCACAUGUGAUCAUGUGGAAGUCAGGGAUGGUCGAGAUGCAACUGGCAACUCCUUGGAAAGGUCUUGUGGCGACAAGAAACCCUCCCACUCGCGGUCAUCGGGGCGAUUCAUGUGGAUCGAGUUUGAAAGUGACUCUAAGACGACACGCAAUGGAUUCCAUGCAAUCUUUAACGCUCUAUGUAAGUGUCCAGUAGAAAGGAGCGCUUUCUCUCUUUGAAAAAAAAAAUCAAAUAUUAAAAUCAACCUUAGUUUGAUUUAUACUUUCAUCUCAGUUGAGCCGUGUAACAAUGAGCCCAGCAUGAAUUGAUCCAUUUUCCAAGAGGCAUACCUCGCUGUGCUUUAGUUUUGCUUCUUUAUGUGCUGCUAUCUUUUAUGGAUUCUGUAACUAAUCUGUUUAAUGCAGACGCGGUUGUUUUCUAUACUUUUAUUCCCCCUUAUUCCUUUCUGUACACUUCAAAAUUGUCUAUUCUUAAACCUUGAAAAAAGCAAUUCAGAAUUCAUUAAAGUAAUCCAUUACAGUCAUCUCGUCUAAUAUAUUUCCCUUUAGCUGUGAAUGAAUGUCCAACAAGAGGAGUAUUGCAAGGGACAAAUGGCAGUUUCUCAAGUCCACAAUAUCCUUUAAACUACCCAAACAGUGUUACAUGCACGUGGAUUAUAGAGGUUCCUGAAGGCUACCAAGUUCAAUUAACAUUCAAUACAUUUAAACUGGAGGAUUGCGCAAUUUCGUCGAUUUGCACUUGUGACCACGUUGAGGUGAGAGAUGGGCAAACGGAAAAUUCGCCCUCCUUGAAGAAGCAUUGCGGAAACGAGAAACCAACUCCACUUCGAUCCUCUGGUCGAUAUAUGUGGGUGGAGUUCGACAGUGACUCAAAGACAACUGAGAAAGGAUUUAACGCUUCCUUUGUGGCAGUUUGUAAGUGCUUGCAAAUAGAAUCUAACUAAUAAAAAAAUAAGAUACGAUCCGCGUCGUUUUUGAUACAGUUUUUUUUUUUCGCUUAGUUUUUGCUCCUUUGAUACGUUUCAAGGAAAAAAAUUCGACCUUCAGUUCGAAUGUAUGUAGGAUGAAGAAACGACAAGUAUUGAAGUUAUUUCUUAAAAAUCUAGUUCUGACUUACAGUCAGAGGAAUUUGUUUUGGAAUAAAACUUAGUCUUUUAAUUUUCUUAUUUAGCUGACAGUGAAUGCCCAAGAAAUGGUUUAUUGAAAGGCAAAGUGGGCAACUUCUCUAGCCCUGGCUAUCCAAAGGAAUAUCCAAACAGUGUGACCUGCACAUGGGUCAUUGAAGUUCCUGAAAAUCAUCUUGUUGAACUUACAUUUGACGAUUUUGAACUGGAGGACUGUUUCAUAUCACCAAUAUGCACGUGUGAUCAUGUUGAAGUCAGAGACGGUAAGGAUAAGAGUGCGUCUGAGCUGGACGAGUUUUGUGGAGACGACAAACCAUCGACGUUGAUAUCUACCGGGCGGUAUAUGUGGGUGGAGUUUGAGGCUGACUCAAGCACAAAUCGAAAAGGAUUCCUCGCGACUUAUAAAGCAAUCAGUAAGUUUCGGAGAAGGACACCCUCAACGUUGAAAAAAGCUGUAUUUCUAGUGUUUUUGAAAACUUGUGGUUAA